UAGAGCCGUUAUUAGCUGUUAAUUGAGGAGAGAGAAGAGCGGAGAGAGAAAGUUCUAGUUUUUUAGGAUGUUGCAUUUCUGUUUCAACAAAUAUCAGUUUAAAGAUUUGGCUUUUUCAAACAUUGCAGCUAAGUUCUAUGAUGGACGUCAGUAGUGAUGUUCAAGUGCGUGCAAGUGGGGGCCUGUUAGCUGUACUGGAAAAUGAGCGGAUCAUAGACAGUCUCGAACUAAAUGAAAGUGGGAGCGCAUCAAUUGCAAUUGACUGCCUCUGUGAAAUUUCUCUUGACAAAUUUCUCAAAGUUGAUUCAGCUGCUCAUGAAGCAUUACAAAUAUUCCAAAUAGACAAGCAUCCUAGCCAUAUGGGGAUAGGCAGAGCAAAAGAAGGGUUCUCCGUAUUUGGGAUGAUGAAUAAGUGUGUAACCCCAAUGGGUAGACGACUCUUGAGGAGCUGGUUUCUGAGGCCUAUAUUGGAUCUUGAUAACCUGAAUAGGCGUCUUGACACUAUAUCUUUCUUCUUGUCUGCUGAAGAAAUUUCGCUCUCUUUACGUGAAACACUGAAGUCUGUAAAAGAUAUUCCCCGCAUUCUCAAGUUUCUUCCUCCUUUCUUGCUUCCGCAGAAAUUCAACUCUCCAAGUUCUAUAUCUACAAGUGCAGACUGGGCAGCUUUUCUGAAGAGUAUAUGUGCUCUCCUGCAUAUCAGCAAAAUAUUUGAAGUAGGCAUUUCUGGAUCUCUGCUAGAAGAAUUGAAGUAUUUGGACUUGGAUAUUGUUGAGCGGGCUGGAUUUCACAUUUCACUCGAUCUAGCUUAUGUCUGUGAAUUGGUAAUUGGUGUUAUUGAUGUUGAUAGAAGUAAAGAGAAGGGCUAUGAGACAAUAGUAAAAGAAGGUUUCUGUGAUGAGCUGGAUGAGCUGAGGCAGAUAUAUGAGGGAUUGCCAGAAUUUCUGGAAGAGGUUUCGGCCUUGGAACUUGCACGACUUCCUUGCAUGUAUGGAGACAAGGGGGUUCCUUCUAUCGUUUACAUACAUCAGAUAGGUUACUUAAUGUGCAUUUUCAAUGAAAAACUUGGUGAAGAAAUGCUGGAGAAUCUUCAGGACUAUGAUUUUGCAUUUGCUGAUGAGGAGGGAGAACAUAGGAGGUUCUUUUAUCAUACUGCCAAGACAAAAGAAUUGGAUAACCUUCUUGGAGAUAUAUAUCAUAAAAUCCUGGAUAUGGAGAGAGCUAUAACAAGAGACCUAGUGUCACAUAUUCUUCAAUUCUCAGUGCAUGUGCACAAGGCUGUUAGUUUUGCAGCUGAGCUUGACUGCAUUUUAGCUUUAGCCUUGGUUGCACGUCAGAACAAUUAUGUAAGGCCAAAUUUGACUGCAGAAGAUUCGCUUGAUAUAAGGAGUGGAAGACAUGUUUUGCAGGAGAUGACUGUAGACACAUUUAUUCCCAAUGACACAAAAAUUUCUCAUGAAGGAAGAAUUAAUAUCAUCACAGGCCCUAAUUAUUCGGGAAAAAGCAUCUACAUCAAGCAGGUUGCCUUGAUAGUUUUCCUUUCCCACAUUGGAAGUUAUGUACCAGCAGAUGCUGCCACAGUGGGUUUAACUGACAGGAUAUUUUGUGCCAUGGGGAGUAAGUUUAUGACUGCUGAACAAUCGACGUUUAUGAUUGAUCUCCAUCAAGUGGGAAUUAUGUUAAGGCAUGCAAGUCCUCGGUCCUUAUGUUUAAUGGAUGAGUUUGGUAAAGGCACCCUUACAGAAGAUGGUAUCGGUCUCCUUGGUGGAACCAUAAAUCACUUUGCAUCAUGCUAUGACCCUCCAAAGGGGUCUGUUUUGCAGGUCCUGGUUUGUACCCACUUGACAGAGAUAUUUGAUAAUAGUUGUUUACUGGAGUCAGACAGAAUCAAAUGUUACACGAUGAGUGUGCUUAGCCCUGAUAAAGAUUGUGCCGAUGUUGAAGACAUUGUGUUUCUCUAUAGGAAAGAUAAUAUCACCUACUCUUUUAUGCCUGACAGGUUGGUCCCUGGACGUGCACUUCUUAGCUAUGGGUUGCAUUGUGCCCGGCUGGCUGGAUUACCUCACGAAGUUUUAAAUCGAGCAGCAUUAAUAUUGGAUACUCUCAAGAAUGACAUCCAAGUUGAGAGACUUGGCAGUGAGGACAUAGUAGCUCAGGAUCAGCAGUACAAGGAUGCAGUGGAGAAGUUGCUAGCCUUCGAUGUUCAAAAAGGUGAUUUGCUCCACUUCUUUGAAGGUCUUUUCAAGCCAAUCCUAAAAGGAGUAUCGUAGUCCUCUGAACUGUCUUUCAUAUUCACUCGUGAUUCAGUUAUAUUUGAUCAAUGAUGCAACUGUAUCCGUUUAUCAUUUUUCUGGAGUCUUAUAAGGCAAAGUCGGUAUCUUUUCUCUCAUGUCGCUUUGAGCUAUGGAAGGCAAAUUAAUUGGCUCUUUUGAUAAA